CUGAUUUAUGGUUGCGCGUUAAAUCAACGCAGAGCCAUCGCCGUAGGGUACGGCGUACUGUGCGCGUCGCCGCGUUCCCUACGCCGUAGCUCUGCGUUGGGUUAACGCGGAACCAUAAAUCAUCCUUCAGUCAUCAGUCACCAGUCCUCCUCGGUGCUGGUUCAACUCCGGAGGAGCUUCCUGGCUGUGAGCGCGCAGCCGCUCGUGACAGAAUUACAGAAAAACAAAAGACAGACUUGUGUGUGACUUGUACAGUAUGUACACGAGCGGUUUCGUGAAAAAGACCGACAAUGGCAAAUGCGUGCUCCCGGAAGACGCGUGUAGCCGCUUCUCCUGUAGUCUGAUCAUCCGCUCCGACUUUGAGUCACUUUGGCGUUAGAUCAGCAGAGAGGCGCGUCUGCUCGGACCUCACCAAGUGAAUGUGAUCAUCAACUAGAGGUUUCAUUACCCAUUAUUGGGAAGCAGCCCAUGGACCUAAGUGUGACCCGGAGAUCAGGACCAGAUUCAGAAAUGCUGGCCCCUCAGCCUCCCUUCUUCCUUGGCCCCCUAACCACUCAGCAUUGCUCUCAGUUUACCCAGCAGCAUUUGCAGUAUAACACUGAAAAAAGGCAAAGAGAGAUGGAGGAGGAGAAAAGAGAGGAGCUGCAACAUCUGAUACAAAAGAGCAGAAGUGAGCAGAGUGCUGUUGCCAGUCCACUUGUCAGGCAGAAACUUCGGGAGCAUAUAAUGACGAGAAGCCAGCCUACCCAUGAGAGGGUCACCCCAAACCACUGCAGCACUCUUCCAGGAUACGGGCUACUGAUUAACAUGUCAUCAAAGCCUCAGCCUACACCCUGUGACCAGCGGAAGGACCUCACCCUGCGAAGAACAGUCUCCGAACCUACAUUGAAAUGGAAGUUAAAGAAGCUUAUUUCCACAAGGCCUAGCCCACUGCAACGCAAGAUCAGUGCCCCUCCUUCUGUGAAGCACCGGACAGAGACUCUGGACUCCACGAGUAGCAGCAGCAACUCGGCAUCGGGGUGUAGCUCACCAAACGACAGCCUCCAUUCAGAUAACAGUUCCCUCUCACUGGCUCUCGAGUCUCAGAGGUUGGUGGUGAAGAAUGGUAAUAUAGGACCCUACAUGCUGUCCACAAACUCCACGGGAUUGCCCAACAUCACAGCUGGACUUCCUGCACAGCCUGACCUGCGUGUCACGAAACCACUGUCAGUAUCGGCUCUGCAACAUGCCUACCUGCCACUGGAGGAAAGCAGUCCGGCCCUCCCUCAGUGCCUGCAGCCAGUGCUCAUCAUCGAACCACACAAUCGCCUACUGCACUCCCAGCUGCUUUCCUUUCAUGGUCUAACCUCCAUGACUCAGCAGCAGCAUCCUCACCUGUCUUCCCCCACGGGAAGAGAAGGCUUAGUCAUCUUGCCCUCUCACAGACCUGUGGAGCGAACACAUUCAGAACCGCUUCCCUACAGCCACACAAUCCUAUCCCUGCAUGAACGCCAUCACCCACACGCCCUGCACCACUUCUCCCAGGAGUACCAGAAGAGCGGCUUUGAGAGGUUUAAGAUGAAUCCAAACCUGAGCAAGUUGAGCAAAUCCACUGAGAAGUCACGUCUGACACAGAUCCCAUCAGAGGACAUGGACAUUGAGGAGGUUGGAUCGGGAUCGGGUUCAGGGACGGGGUCUGUGUGCGGCUCAGAGCCAGGCUCGCUUUGUGAGGAGGGCCACCGCCGGAGACAAAGCUCUGCCAGCACAGACUCCGUUUAUGACACAGAGUCCACUACCUCUUCCCGGGAGAGUUUGGUGGAGUCAUCGCAUUAUCUUAGUCAGAGGCAGAUUAUCUCAAAAGCUGGUCCGCAGCCAGAUGCAUCAGGUGUGUCGACUCUAGUUUGGCCUCACCAGUCUCACCAGCCUGUGAUCCGGACCCGGUCACUGCCAGCGCCCACUUCCCUGCCGCCCAGUUUUCACCCACCCACCACCGUACCAUCUCUAUCGCUGUCCAACCCUGCUGCAGACAAGAAGCUACGCUUUACAACAGGUUUGGCAUAUGAUGCUCACAUGCAGAAACACCAGUGUACAUGUGGAGACAACAGUCGCCACCCUGAGCAUGCCGGGAGAGUCCAGAGCAUUUGGUCCAGACUGCACGAGAGGGGGUUAAGGAGCCGGUGUGAGUGUAUUCGCAGCAGAAAGGCCACCCUUGAAGAGCUGCAAUCAGUCCAUUCAGAACAACAUGUGCUUUUGUUUGGCAACAACACGCUCAGCCGCCUUAAGCUGGACAAUCGUAAAUUUGCCGGGUAUCAACCAAAGUUUGUGAUAUUGCCAUGUGGAGGUUUAGGGGCAGACAUUGAUACAAUUUGGAAUGAACAUCACACAGCAAUUGCUUCUCGAAUAGCUGCUGGAUGUGUCACAGACCUGGCACUGAAGGUGGCACAGGGAGAGCUGAAGAAUGGCUUUGCAGUUGUGAGGCCCCCUGGACACCACGCAGCCCAUUCCUCCCCUCUGGGCUUCUGUUAUUUUAAUUCUGUGGCCAUCGCUGCCAAGCAACUCCAACGCAAACUCAGCGUCAGCAAGAUCCUCAUCAUAGACUGGGAUGUGCAUCAUGGCAAUGGCACCCAGUCAGCGUUCUUUGAUGACCCGAGUGUGCUGUACAUCUCUCUGCAUCGCUAUGAUGAUGGCAACUUUUUUCCUGGGAGCGGACAUCCUAACGAGGUGGGAGCAGGUGCAGGUGAGGGCUUCAGCGUCAAUGUCGGCUGGACUGGUGGUUUGAAUCCACCAAUGGGUGAUGCAGAAUAUCUGGCCGCGUUCAGAGCUGUGGUGAUGCCCAUUGCCCAUGAAUUUUCCCCUGAUGUGGUGCUGGUGUCAGCUGGCUUUGAUGCUGUCGAAGGACAUUCGUCUUCACUGGGAGGAUACAACGUUACAGCCAAGUGUUUUGGCUUCUUGACCCGUCAGCUGAUGUCGUUGGCAGGAGGCCGCGUGGUCCUCGCUCUGGAGGGGGGGCAUGACCUCAAAGCCAUCUGCGACGCCUCCGAAGCUUGUGUCAGCGCCUUGCUGGGCAUGGAGGUGGAGCCUCUGUCGCAGGUGGUGUUGGACCAGAAACCUUGUGAAAAUGCAGUGCGGUCUCUGCAGAGAGUCAUCCAGUUUCAAGGUGAGUACUGGCAGAGUGUGAGGGAUUCAGCCGCCACAGUGGAUUUGUCCUACCUGCAGGCGCAGAGACAAAGACUCAGACGAGAUUCAGACAGCGAGGCAGUCAAGGCCAUCGCCUCGCUGUCCAUGGGAUCCCUCGCAUCCGAUAAGAAUGAGCCUGAAAAAAUCCCAGAGAAAAGCGGCUCUCACUGAAGAAAGAGACUUUUUUUUUCUUCUUUUUUUCUCCCCCCGUUCAUCUCAGUGGAAACACAUAGAAACACACAGAUGUACCGAAACAAAGCUAUGCAAUUUGGAUGAUCACUGGAAGUAGAUGUCGCCUCAUGAAAGCUCCUGCAUUACUACUGGCCGCAGUCUGACCACUUCGAUUCAUACACACACUGGGUGACAGUGUUCAUCGAGGCCACAUCAUCUGCUUUUCCUGAGGGGGACAUCACUAACUGAACUGACACAGAGCUUGAAACAAAUAAAAAUUCAAAAACUGAGAAUAAGAAAGCACAGCUCUUCGCCUUAAAGAAGUCAACUCCAGCGAGACCUUCACAGGACCUUUGAAGAGCUAGAAGAGCUAGAAGACAGGUGAAGGAGCUCUGGCUUGUUCACAAAGAAAUCUCCAAAAGAUCCAAUGAAGGAAAAAAAAUAAUCAGAUUUUAUUUCUGAUUUGCACUGUUAUUCUGCAAACGGACAUGAAGGAAGAGAAGCAUUUUGACAAUCAAACACCUUGUUUGUUCAUAGUUUUACUUUAUUUGAAUAUUCAUUCAUUUGACCUAUGGCACUCAUUUCCAUGAAUGUCGGCAUAAGACUUUUUUUUUGAUUUUCUUGAAGAAUCCAGUAAUCCAAAGUGAAGCUACUAUGAAGUCUGAGAUACAUAUGUUUCAUAUUGUUUCCUAUGUCCACAUAUUUUCUUAAGUCUCUUUUUUCUCUUUCUUUCUUGGCCUGUCAGGCGAGCAUAUGCAGUAAGACUAGAUAUCUGCAGUUAUUGUUAUCCCUCCAUGACAGAUAAAAGAAGAUGUAUAAAUCUUUGACGGAGUGCAUCUUAAAUAUUUAGACAUACUGUAGUUAGCAAUGGUGGCAUUAGUUUUAUGAAGAGCUAAUACCUCUGCUCACUGGGGCAUCAAUAUCUGGGGAGAGAGGAAGGAAUCUGAAAUGACCGAAGUCCCUCAUGAUGCCUCAGUGGAGUUGUGACCACUCAGUGAUGAUUGUAUAUGUGACUGUUCAGAUCCCGUUAAUGUUUUGGAUGUGACUCACAUCCAGGAUCUUUAUGACAGUCACACACACACAUACACAAAGUGCACUUAUGCUGCCCUCAGAGAUGAGGGUCAGAGCAAUUUGGGUCUCAAAAUCUAAACUUUGAUAAUAUUGUGAAGUGGACCAGUGUUUUUCUCCUGUGGAUGAGCAUUCCUGCUGUAUUUGUACAAUGUCUUUUUUCUUUGUUGCUAUUUUUUACUUAACAAGGACAAUCUGAUCUGUCUUUUGUUCUUUAUUUACGAGGCUCUGGUAUGUUUACUCUCAGCAUCAGGCGCAUGUUGCUGCGUGGACCAAACAAUGGCGUUCUAGCAGUUUGGAGGGAGCAGUAAUACUGAGAGCCGAACACGCAGCCAUUGAUAUCUUCACAGUCCAAUUGGACACAGGUUAAGUGCAACCAAAGUUUAUGAGAACAAUGUGUUGUCUCUGGACUAGCAUGGCCUAAAGAACUUCAAAGACUUUGAAGAGUUUGUGAAUGUUUCUUUUUUCUCAUUCCAAACAGUCAAAGAGCACAGAUAUAUAACUAUAUAUAUAUAUAUAUAUAUAUAUAUAUAUAUAUAUAUAUAUAUAUAUAUAUAUAAACAAAUUUAUUUGACAUGACAUGUAUUUAUACUUUGAGAGCCUGCGUCUUUGAAGUGCUCCUUGCAUGUCUAACACAGUUAUGAUGGUGCUAAAACAGUAUGUUUGCUUUCGUUUCUGUUUAUUUCUUUUGUGAUGUUGCACUGUGUAUGCAACUGAAAACCUGUCCCAAAUUUGUUAAUGCAAUGUAAAUGUAAAAACACAUGACCUUAACAAAGCAGCUGAUGUAUAGCAGUUUCAGCUGUAAAUGACGUUGGAUGGCCUAACAGCAAAUGUAGCUUUAAAUACGUUUGAUUUACAGUAACCUGACAAACCUUAUGUCUUAUCCUUUUGUCUUAAUUCAUGCAAAUUAUCUAUUUUUGUAUGUGAUCAGAAAAAAAGAAAGAAAAACUGUGCAUGUCUGAAGACCAAAAUACGACUUGUGAUUUUGACCAACCUCUGUGAAGGUGAAGCCUUAACAACCUGGGAGCCAAGUCCAGUUUCAUCACAACUGACUGAUUUUAUUUUUUUAUUUUUUUUCUGUACAGUGUAUAUAAAACCUCCCGUUUUUCUUCUCUCUUUUGGCUUUUCUAUUUUGUUUUUUGUUUUUUUUAAAGAGCCUAAUAAAGGUAAAUUAUCUCAA